AACAAAGCUUUACUGUCCAUUGUUGUAAUGCAGUUUCCUUUCCGAGAGAAAGAGAGACUGCAUUUAAAAAGGGUUCAUUUAAAUAGGUUUACCUUAUCUAUCGUUCAUCUGUAGAAGGAAAAGUAAAAAAAAAUGUAGAUUUAUCCACCAUUAUCCACCCUGCCGUUACAACGCGAUAAUGCGGUCUAGCCUUUAAAUAGUCCCUUUCGGUGUUACAAUACUUAUCUCGGGAGCUGAUGUUAAUAUGGAAUCUAAUGUCUAACGUUUUUUUUUGUGUGUGGUUUUUUUUUCUAAGCCCUCACCACUCGAUGCUUAAAAGGGUAGCUAGAGAGAAUGAGAUACGGUGGGCAUAAAUUAUCCGUUCCAUGCACGUUCCCAGACAAGACAUGGUCAAGAGCAACUCUUAAAGUGUGCAGGAAAGGUACAUAAAAUACAAAACAGAGAGCCAAAAGUCUACUCCCGCGAAGAAUGUCAGAAAAUAAUAAAAUGAGAGAGUGAGUGCCCUGGUAGCACUCACCUGAGCGUGAUCAACAGGGUCCGCAUAAACCGCGCGAACGCGUGUACGAUCAAUGAAGGGUUUAAGCUGUAGCGUAACGGACGCGGGUUCGUUGCUUGUCGUUACGUUGUGGUCGUUCGGUUUUUGUGUGGAGCACAUUUUUCGUGGUGUUGUGUGACUGUUAUUGUUUGAAAUAUUUCCUUCCAUCAAGUGAUUUGUAAGGCGUGUGUAGCGACGAACCCUACUACAAACUUACGUCGGUGUGUUGUAACAGUGUACAGUGAAGUUGGCAGUAAAACCUAGUGACGAGUGGAAAGCAUACUCGUUCAACCAUUACAAACCAUACGAGACGUCCGGUGAUAUCAUCAUCAUCAUUAUAAUUUUACUUGCUUCAAAAAGUAACUUCAAUGCUUCUUAGGUGACCCAUACCACUGCUCGUGCUUAACGAGGAGGAUCGGUGAGGCGCAGUAGAUCGAAAGUGUACCAACUGCGCCGGGGGGGGAGGAAAAAAAUACAACCAAACAUAAUAAUAAGGUGCGGGUGCUUUAAUUUACAUGCACUGGCUCGUUGCCCGCGGUAGUGCGUAGUGUCGUACUGCGGAGUCCUUCGUAUCGUGCCUCAUUCUGAACGGAUCGCUUCCGUGACUUAUGGGAAUUAAGUAAUUAAAAAAUUUCGCCUCAUCAUCAUUAUUGUCCGGCAACGGUGUGACCAUCUUCACAACCAGCAAGCUCCGCUGCAUCUUUGAUUCGGCGACCUCGACGUCAUCAAUCAUCUCGCAUUUCGGUAGUGCUCUGAACGGUGUUGUGUGCCGUGUGGCGUGUGUGUUUUUUUGUUGGAGUUCCGCAAACAUAACCGAUUGGUUUAAAACAGUGCCUUUACUUGCGUGAAAGUGUGUUUGUGUGUGUGUGUGUAUAAAAGUGUUUUUUUCGUCUUUCUCCUGUCCAUCUGCGUAUGUUCUCCAUUGUUAAAAUUCGACGCCCGAGCGAUCGAACACAUAAUUUGAAGUGUUUAAAUGUUUCCAAGCUGCACCGCGGAAAGUGAUCCGAACCUUCACACUUCUUCACAGCGCAUCAUCAUUAGCGCUGUUGCGUGGUGGUAGAAGCUGAUCAUAAAUUAACCAUCCCGUUCCAAAAAAGCGACAAGUGACCGAGAGUGAAAGAGUGCAACGCGGAGAGCAGCAGGAAAAAGCUUGGCGCAAGAACCAAAAGUAAAAACCACAUACACACCAAACGGAUACGGAUGGUUUGAUCGAGCACGGAUCAUGCUGAUCGCAGGGUGGUCGUUGCAGUACAUCGCUUAAUCAUGAACGGUAGCAGCGGAAGCGGUUCCGUAGCAGUUGCAGUGGUGGACCAUCGUCCAAAGAUUCUCGCUGGUACGGGUGGGCCACGGCAUCAUUCGGCGGCGAUCGCUUCCUCCUCGGCAACGGCUUGGACGCCUGGUGCACACAAGUCAAGCCGACCAUCACCCAUUGGACAGGCUAGUUUACAGCGCCGUGCGAAGCAAGAUGUGAUCGAACCAGAACGGCAUGGGAGCGAUGAGGAUGACAGUGGUUCGGUACAGAGUGAUGGCAAUGAGUCCUCGACCGGGACGGUGAGUGAUUUCUCGGUGGAUGAAAUUCCGGUGUGGAUCAAGGGUGAGCAGCGAUGGAUAUCGGGCGUAUCGGAUGACACCACCUGUGGCGAUCUGAUCGAGGUGUUAGUACAGCAGGAGCAGGGCGCAGGAGUUCCGACGCCGGAUGUGAAGGACUACUGUAUCACGGAAAGGUGGCGGCAGGUGGAGCAGGUGCUAGAUAAUGGAACGAAAAUCUGGCAAAUCUGGACGGCUUGGGGUAAAGCACAACCUGAGGUGAAAUUUAUUCUUCGCCGUGUCGACGGUUCCCAUGGAUCGGGCGGUGCUGCCACCGGUGGUACACAUGGUACGGUGGAGCGGGAUCGUGACAGUGGUCGCGGAAGUCCUACGGGCAGCAUCAACAGUGCAAUAGUGCGUCGCAAGCGGCACCGGGCCCAGAAGUCGACCUUCGCCUGGAUGACGCACGGCCAAACCAUACAUCCAAAGUCGUCCAAAACGUCGAUCGAACGAUUGAUGAAGCUGAUCCUUGAGCAGGGUGACAUCAUACAGCAGCAGCUGUCGAAGCUGCGCGAUCGCGAGCUACAGAUCAACAUGAUCGAGGAGGAGCGGCAUCGAUUGCGGGAGCGUGAGCACGGUAAAAACUAUCUCCUGGAGACGUACCUGAAGGGAUUAACGGAGGCGACCGAAACGGAUCCGAAUGCGAUCGAUAGCGGUAUCACCUCGGAAGCAACGACAACCGCCUCGCCCGAGAUGGACUUUGCACCGGAGCACGAUUCGGACACUAAUGCGACGGCUGGUGGAGAGGCAUCGGUAAAGGAACAGAUUAAACUGCUCGAGAAGAUCGUUUCGCUGAACAAACAGAUACAGCGUGAGGAAGAAUCGGCCGUUAAGCUGUACCAGAAGGUACGCCACUACCAGCUAGAAGAUCCACCAGAUGAGGCAAAGACACAGCUGGAAGAAGCAUUGGCAAAGCUCAACACCUCCAUCGAUCAGGAUACGCACGAGCUGCAGAUGAUCGAUGAAAGCCUGCGUCAGUCUGAUGCGAUGCUGCGGGAAAGAAACGAUCUACUGCGGAGUCUCACGGAGGAGUUAAACCACCAGGAGGACCAGGUGGCGGAUGCGAAAGUUAUCAUGGACUUUUCUCAACCUACUCCAGUUAUGCGGGUCGAUCGAGGCCAGGGAGAUGUUCAAGAUACUCAUCAACCGAUGAUUAUUUCUCAAGUAUCACAUCCACCAUAUCUGCCGAUGGCGUACGGUCCAGGGAAACCUCUUCAUAGCUAUCCCCUGUAUCCGAUCGCUGAGAUCCCAACCAAACCUGCUCCAGUCCCGGUAGGACCCGGAGAACCGGCCAAGAUCGUUAUAGCGAGCAACACACUGCCCAGAAACUUCCAGCGUCCAACACUCGUGGCACCGGGUGGAAUGGCCGCACUGUCGGUACCACCGGAUGCUAUUUCCGUGCAUCAGAUCAACAAGUUCAUCCAGUGUAGCAACAAUUUGGGCACAAACUGCAACACAAACAUCGACGAUAAAGUAUGCCCGAAGCAACUAUUCCAUUCGGCCGUAUCCUCCGUAGAAUGUCAGGGAGGCGUGAAAGCACUUACGGAGGAUUUCGCCAACAUGGGAACGCUCGUGUAGACAGGCACGUGCACACAUACAAAAGAAAGAAAAACACAAAUCAUAUUCAAAAAACAACUUUCGCAACCAAAUCAAACGAAACCGAAGAAUUAGCAUCGCGUUGUAGAUAGUGCAGAGGAGUUGACAAAGAAAGCUUUGCAUCACAUAGUCGCGAAACAAAUCGUUUAACAAUCCAGUACCAAGUAAGAAACAAAUGAUAGCUGAGUAGAGAUCGUUUAUAUUUUUUCAUACCCCUCCCCACGAGUUUAUCCUGACCACUGUUUAUGGUGUGUUGUUGUUAAAUGGUAGAGAGCGAAGUUUUGAAGUGAAAUUGCGUAGUGUAUCCUGCCGUAUAUAUGUUUAGGAACCAGGUAUGUUUGCUCCUACCGUCCAGAACAGGUGUAACCAGGCCUGCUGGCUAGUCAAAUGGUAAGAUUUCAAAGCAUUUUUUGUUUGUUUCCUCGGUAAGAUACUACGAGUAGUGUUGAUCACGAAAUGAUGCAUUAUCAUACAGAAAGCUUUUUGUUAGAAAAUACCUAAAUCGAUGUAAAUAGUACAGUGGUUGAGAAAUCUUCUGGAUGUUAGCCGCUUCGGUGCAAUCGGAAAGAACACUUCAGAAGUGUAAUGAAAAUCAACAGAGGGAGAUAGAGUGAAUGUCGUUAGAUGAAAGCAAUUAACUUAACCAAAAAAAGCACGUUCAAUACCAUAUUUAUACAAAUUUACCUUCAGUGGAAUGGCUUGUUUGAUAGAAAUAAAGAUAAUUGAAUAAAUCGCA